GGCGGAAUCCUCGUAGGCAGCUUCCUGGUUAAUCUGGGCAUCCGGCUGUACCUCGCGCCGGUCCUCACGCAGCUGAUCACUGUCAAGAUCGCCAUCGAGCGCGAGGCCGGCCUGGGUCAGGAGAUCGGCACGAACCGUCCUGGGCGCCUUGCACACUGCCCGCACUACAUGAGACUCUACCGCGCCUUCCGCAGGACACACAUGAUCAUCGCCGUCGGGAACAUGGUCGCUAUGGCAGCCACGUCCCUCCACCUCUACUACCUCGCCACCAAACUGUGCUCAGUGCAUUUAUAAGCCUUCGGUGCCGCGGCUGGAUCUGCUCUCGAGGAGGAGGAAUGAGCAGGGGAAGAAGGGAGGAGGUAGAGGACGUAGUAGUAAUACGUGGGGCCGGAGUAUGGGCGUGGGCAGGACUCGGCUCGAUUUUGAGAAGGCGACGGUCGUUUCGGAAAUAUGUGGCAGCAUUUCGGGCGACGGGAUCGUCGAGAGAGAAAAGAGGUGACAGAGACGAGAGUGUGAAAGGAGGAAAUCCAAUCAGGCGGGGGAUCAGCCAUUGGAUAAGAACAUCUUUUCACCUCUCUGUCUAUUUAUCUCUAUCUUUCUGUCCAUCCCUCUCACGCUUUCUAUCAGUCAUUCUAGCUAUCUAUUUUUCCUGUCUAUCAAUCUGUUAAUCUUGUUCAGUUUCUCUGAAUACACGUCCGCCUCCGUCUUGUGUAACUUCUCCCACAUCUCUAUCCCUCGCCUUACCCCCCCCCUCUCCUUCCUCUCUUCGCCCCAUAAUCCUCCUUUCCUCACGCCCUUCUCCUCUCCCCCUCUCCACCCACUCAUUCAUCUGUCACAAUUCCCUCCCCCCUGUCUUCAAGGAGCCCGCGGAGGAGAGAGGCGUGAGGUAUUGUCCUCGUGUCACUCGCCAAAUGACACGUGACACUGACAAACUCUCUCGGGCGACGAUUAUUCAUGUCUUGCAUAUUUUUUUUUUUCUUCUCGUUUCUUUUUCUGCGUUUGUUCACGGGACUGAAGUUCCUACUUGAUGAAUACGUAUGGGGUUAUAUUUAGGUCAUGGCAUCUCCUGAUGAAGAUUAGGGAGAGAGAGAAAGAGAGAGAGAGGGUGCUAAAAGUAGAAGGAGAAAGAGGAAGGAAGAUAAGGAUGGCAAAGUGAAAGAAAGAGAAAAUGAGAGAUAGAAAAGAAGAGAAAAAGUGGUGAGGUAAAUGAGAAAAGUAGAUAAAAGAAAAUAGAGAGAAUGAGAGCAAGUGAACAUGGUUCAUCCCAGUGAUUCUUAAAUCUCUCUCUCGAACUUGACAGAAGAAAAUGAAUCUCUAAACAAAAGCAAGAAGCAUUUUUUUUCCCCUCUUUUUUUUAGAAUUGCAGUCGUUGCUUUGGAUGUAUUCUGAUGAAAAAUAUUCAUCCUAGAAGAGGAGGAAUAGAUGCCUCUUCCCACAAAGACAGCAUCUCAAGAAAUCAUAGACAUCUUGCUAUGUCCUUGGAUCUGAGGACAUGUUCAGGACACGUUUAGGCAAAGCGCGAAGUCCUCGGGUUUGGUGGCACGACCCUGAGGUCCUAUCCUCUCCUGCCGGAAACGUGACGCUUCGAUAACCCACGAUAAUCGUGAUAAAAUACCAUAUCGUGUUUGAGUUUAGAUAGGGAAUGACGAUUCCCCUUAAAUGUAUAAAUGUUUGGCAAAGAAAGGUUUUUGUUGGAAACCUUCUUUGAACUAAAGGGGCAUUAAAUAGUCCUUUUCAAUCUCUUCCCAGCGAAGAGAAUUUGUAUACUGUAUUAAUUAUUGUAUUUUUGCGUGUAUAAUUACACUGAGUGUUUUGAUAUUCAGUACAACAAGUGUUUAACUUGUAUUGUUCCUAUUCGCUCUGGUAUGUUUUUUCCUUAUAUUUAUUAAGAGAAAAUAAAGUGAGUUUGACAA